AUGACAACGUACGAUGGGUAUCAUUACGGGAUUGUGAUAGAUGCUGGAUCAUCUGGUUCUCGAAUUCAUGUCUUCAGAUGGCAAGACAACGCUGCCCUGCUUGCUGAGAGCGCAAACGAGGAGUUGGUUCAUUCUGUUCCCCAGAUCUUUCAAGAUAAGGAUUGGACUCAGAAAGUGACACCAGGACUUUCUAGAUAUGGUUCGAAACCCCAUAAAGCAUUCUCGAAGCAUGUAAAGCCAUUGCUGGAUUUCGCCCGGGAAAUCAUACCAGAGAAUAAGAUCAAAGAGACGCCAGUAUUUUUGCAAGCAACAGCUGGUAUGAGGCUACUUGAACCAGAAAAAAGAGAUAAGGUGCUCAAGGAAGUAUGCAAGGGAAUUAAACACUCAACUGAUUUUUUGUUGUCAAGUUGCGAGUCUCAAGUUCAAGUCAUCGAUGGUGAGACCGAAGGUUUAUAUGGAUGGUUAAGUUUGAACUAUUUGCUUGGCCAUUUCAACAGCUAUGACCCAUCGAAGACAGAUCACUUUACUUUUGGUUUCAUGGAUAUGGGAGGCGCUUCCACUCAAAUAGCCUUUUCCCCUAGUGAUCGCAAAGAAAUUGAAAGACAUAGAGACAAUAUAGCGAGGAUCACUCUAAAAAGUGUCAAUGGAGAUUUACAAGAGUGGGAUGUAUUUGUGAGCACAUGGCUCGGGUUCGGAGCGAAUGAGGCGAGAAGGAGAUAUCUAGUUCAAAUGAUAAAUGGCUUGCCCGAGAACACUAAUUAUCAGGACAACGACGAUUACAGCACUCGGACUCUGACAGAUCCCUGUCUGCCGAAGAACUGCAUCAGUAAGUUCGAGUACAAAGACAAAGACUUUAAAUUUAUCGGCUCAGGCAACUUUGAACAAUGCUCAAAAUCCAUUUACCCAUUGCUGCUAAAAAAUUUACCGUGUAGCGAAGAGCCUUGUUUAUUCAAUGGAGUUCAUGCUCCUCAGAUUGAUUACUUCAAAGAUAAAUUUGUAGGGACAUCCGAGUAUUGGUAUACAGCAAACGACGUUUUUGACCUGGGUGGAACCUACAACUUUGAAGAAUUCAGCAAUCAUGUUAAAGAUUUCUGCUCCACUGACUGGGAAGUUAUCAAAGCAAACAGCGACAAGGGUUCUUACAACUCGAUAUCCCAAGAUCUCUUGGUAGACUCAUGCUUCAAGGCGAAUUGGGUCCUGAAUGUCCUGCAUGAAGGCUUUGAUCUUCCAAGGGUCGGCGUUGACAAGAUUGACAAGGAAGAUGGUGAGGAAGAGCAUCCACUAUUUCAAAGUGCAAUCAAUGUAAACGAAAGAGAAUUAUCAUGGACAUUGGGGCGCAUAUUGCUCUAUGCUUCUGCGGGAGUGGGAACCUCUACCAGUCCUUUCGUUGGUAUAAAGCCAAGCUCACAGAAGGUCCCUUUGUUAGACGAGCCAUUCAUCCCCGGAGGUUUAAUCGAAUCAAAAAAUGGUCAAAGCAUAAGGCCCGAUUUACAAAAGCUGGUUUUUUUCGUUACCGUUAUAAUUCUGUGCCUGGUAUUUGUACAAAGGACCUCAACUACGGGGAUCAAAUCUUUCUUCAGCAAUUUGAGACUAAAGACUUUAAAAAGCAGAUAUUUGGAGGUCGGUGAUCCUCAGAGCCAAUUAGAAGAAGGUUUCUACAGAAAUGAUAGCAAUCCACUUGAUGGUAAUAACGACACAAGCAGUUGCAAAUUCAGAAGCAAAAGUAUGUUUAACUUGAAUUCAGGCGAUGAAGCAACUGGGCGAAGCCCGUCCUAUCCAAUGCGCUUUGUCGCAGCGUCGACGUCUAGUAGCCCUACGCUGUCGCGCAUUCCUUCAACACCUCCCCUGCAACAACCAAAAACGCUCAGGCCAGCGUUCUCGCUCGCAGAUUUCUCGAAGUUUAAAGAUGGUAAGCUCAACGACUAG